AUGAAAAAUAACUCUGAAGAAAAUAGUCAACGAAAAAGAUUAAGAACAGUUGAAGUUAGAAUGGUUGAAGAUAGAGAUAUCAUACAAGAUAAUGAAAGUCUUAUACUAGAGUUAAUAGAUACAAGGAAAUCUUUAACUAAUUCUGAAGCUCAACGAAUAAAAUAUGUUAAACUUAUAAAGGAAUAUGAGCGAAGGAUUCCUCGUACGUGUCCUAAUUUUGCAAUUAAAUCACAUCAAUUUCGAGUUCAAAUAAGAAGAACUCAAUUUAUAUAUUCUAAUCAAAAUUUUCAAAAUAUUACUGGUGAAUGGAUGCUAAGUGAAGAACUGAAAAAAUUUAGCAAAAUUGCAUAUAUAAAGAGGGCUGAAUUUAUUAAAGCAGUAUUAAUUGACAAAAGCUCAUUAGGAAUUUGGCAUCUAAUUCCUAUAAUACGUGAUGAAAUGGAUUUUCAACAAUAUGAAACUUCUUUAACAAAAAUUGAAAUUCUAACUAUCAUUAAUUCUUUAAUUCCAUCUUUAGAUGAUUUGAAUUAA